GAAAAAGAAAAAGGGGAGAAUAAUAAAUUUCCCUCACUUAGGUUGAAACUUGCUUCGCAAUUCCGCACCCAAACGUAAAAAGAAAUUAAGAAUUGAGAAGCAUAACAGGAAGCUGACCCGCUUUUAGCACAUUCGCAUUUUACAGGAACCGGCGAGAGGGGCCAGAUCCGCAAGACGAUCCUCAUUCUCUAUUUUUCCUUUCUUUGUAGAAUCUCCCUGAUCUGUGGUCUAGCCUUAAGCUGCACCCCUCCCUGCUUAUCCUACGCUCCCCUGACCGACGAUUUCCCAUUUGUCUCUCGUUGUCGGCGGUUGACGCGGCGAUGUUCGGUUCCUCUUGAUCCACCGUCAUCCUUUUCAGAUCUGAGAGUUUGAGUUUUGAUUUGAAACGAUGUUGACGAAAUUCGAGACGAAGAGUAAUAGAGUUAAGGGACUGAGUUUUCACACUAAGAGGCCAUGGAUCCUUGCGAGUCUUCACAGCGGUGUGAUCCAGCUAUGGGAUUACAGAAUGGGGACUCUUAUUGACAGAUUUGAUGAGCACGAUGGACCAGUGCGUGGUGUGCAUUUCCACAAAUCUCAGCCGCUGUUUGUUUCUGGAGGAGAUGAUUACAAGAUCAAGGUGUGGAAUUAUAAGUUACAUAGGUGUUUAUUUACCCUUUUUGGACACCUUGAUUACAUCCGCACAGUUCAGUUUCACCAUGAGUAUCCUUGGAUUGUUAGUGCAAGUGAUGACCAGACUAUUAGAAUAUGGAACUGGCAGUCCCGCACUUUAAUGUCUGUAUUAACCGGACAUAAUCAUUAUGUCAUGUGUGCCUCAUUCCAUCCCAAAGAGGACCUGGUUGUAUCAGCCUCCUUAGAUCAGACCGUUCGUGUUUGGGAUAUUGGUGCCUUGAGGAAGAAAACAAGUUCCCCUGCAGAUGAUAUCCUGCGCUUGAGUCAAAUGAACACAGAUUUCUUUGGUGGAGUUGACGCUGUUGUUAAGUAUGUUUUGGAGGGUCAUGACCGAGGAGUGAAUUGGGCUUCAUUCCAUCCCACUCUUCCUCUUAUAGUCUCAGGAGCAGAUGAUCGCCAAGUGAAACUUUGGAGAAUGAACGACACAAAGGCUUGGGAAGUAGAUACUUUGAGGGGGCACAUGAAUAAUGUUUCAUGUGUCUUCUUUCAUGCAAGGCAGGAUGUGAUUGUGUCAAAUUCAGAGGAUAAAAGUAUUCGUGUUUGGGAUGCAACAAAGCGAACUGGUAUUCAGACAUUUCGAAGGGAACAUGACAGGUUCUGGAUUCUUACGGCACAUCCUGAAAUGAACCUUCUUGCAGCUGGUCAUGAUAGUGGCAUGAUUGUCUUUAAGUUGGAGAGAGAACGUCCUGCCUUUUCUGUGAGUGGUGAUUGUCUGUACUAUGUCAAAGACCGCUUUCUCCGCUUGUACGAAUUCUCAACUCAGAAGGACGCUCAGGUGAUUCCAAUUCGCAGGCCUGGUUCUGCUGCCUUGAAUCAAGGCCCAAGAACUCUUUCUUACAGCCCUACAGAAAAUGCUGUUUUGAUUUGUUCAGAUGUGGACGGGGGGUCAUAUGAACUCUAUAUUGUGCCCAGAGAUAGCAUUGGCAGGGGGGAUACGGUUCAGGAUGCAAAAAGAGGGGUUGGAGGGUCAGCAGUUUUUGUGGCUCGAAACAGGUUUGCUGUACUAGAAAAGAGCAGCAACCAAGUGUUAGUCAAGAACCUUAAAAAUGAGAUCGUGAAGAAGAGUGUUCUUCCUGUUGCUGCUGAUGCAAUAUUUUAUGCUGGAACUGGGAACCUGCUGUGCAGGGCAGAGGAUAGAGUCGUUGUCUUUGAUCUCCAGCAGAGGCUUGUUCUUGGGGAACUUCAAACAUCUUUCAUCAGGUAUGUUGUUUGGUCAAACGACAUGGAGAAUGUUGCUUUGCUGAGCAAACAUACUAUCAUAAUAGCCAGUAAGAAACUCGAGCACCGGUGCACACUUCAUGAGACAAUCCGUGUAAAGAGUGGAGCCUGGGAUGAUAACGGGGUCUUCAUAUAUACAACCCUGAAUCACAUUAAAUAUUGUCUUCCUAAUGGUGAUAAUGGUAUCAUCAGGACCCUCGAUGUCCCAGUAUACAUAACAAAAGUAUCUCAAAACACUGUCUAUUGCUUGGAUCGAGAUGGAAAAAACCUUGCUGUUGCAAUCGAUGCAACUGAAUAUGUCUUCAAGCUGUCCCUCCUGAAGAAGAGAUUUGACCAGGUAAUGAGCAUGAUCAGGAGCUCGGAGCUUUGUGGGCAGGCCAUGAUUGCUUACCUCCAGCAAAAGGGUUUCCCAGAGGUUGCUCUUCAUUUUGUGAAGGAUGAAAGGACUCGUUUCAACUUGGCACUAGAAAGUGGCAAUAUCCAGAUCGCCGUUGCUUCUGCAAAGGAAAUUGAUAAGAAAGAUCACUGGUAUAGGUUGGGAGUGGAGGCCCUCCGUCAGGGUAAUGCAGGCAUUGUAGAAUAUGCAUACCAAAGGACAAAGAACUUUGAGAGGUUAUCCUUCCUCUAUCUUGUAACAGGUAAUAUAGAUAAAUUGUCUAAAAUGCUGAAAAUUGCUGAAGUAAAGAAUGAUGUUAUGGGCCAAUUUCACAAUGCCCUAUACUUGGGUGAUAUUAGGGAGCGCGUCAAGAUCUUGGAAAAUGCUGGCCAUUUGCCCCUUGCUUACAUCACUGCUGCUGUCCAUGGGCUCCAUGACAUUGCAGAACGUCUGGCUGCUGAUCUUGGAGAUAAUGUCCCUUCUUUGCCUGAGGGAAAAUCACAUUCUCUUUUGAUUCCUCCAAGUCCUAUCAUGUGUGGUGGAGAUUGGCCCUUGUUGAGGGUCAUGAAAGGAAUAUUUGAGGGCGGUCUUGAUAAUGUGGGCAGGAAUGCUCAGGAAGAGGAUGAAGAAGCUGCAGAUGCUGAUUGGGGUGAGGAUUUGGAUAUUGUUGAUGGGGAAAACAUGCAGAAUGGAGACAUUGGUAUGGUGCUGGAGGAUGGGGAAGUGCAUGAAGAAAAUGAAGAGGGAGGAUGGGAUCUUGAGGAUCUUGAACUUCCUCCUGAGCUUGAUACUCCAAAGACUAGCAGCCAUGCUCGCUCAUCAGUUUUUAUUGCCCCAACUCCUGGUAUGCCUGUAAAUCUAAUUUGGACCCAAAGAUCAUCUCUUGCUGCAGAGCAUGCUGCAGCUGGCAAUUUUGAUACUGCAAUGCGUUUGCUGAGCCGGCAGCUUGGUAUAAGGAAUUUUGCUCCCUUGAAACCACUAUUUUUUGAUCUACACAUGGGUAGCCACACUUACUUGCGUGCCCUUUCUUCAUCUCCGGUGAUCUCAGUAGCAGUUGAGAGGGGAUGGAGCGAAUCCUCCAGCCCUAAUGUGAGGGGUCCACCUGCACUUGUGUUCAAAUUCUCACAGUUGGAAGAAAAGCUAAAGGCUGGUUACAGGGCAACAACUGCUGGGAAAUUUACAGAAGCUCUACGGAUUUUUCUCAGUAUUCUCCAUACCAUUCCUCUGAUUGUGGUUGAGUCAAGGAGGGAAGUAGAUGAGGUCAAGGAAUUGAUCAUCAUUGUGAAAGAGUAUGCUCUGGGUUUGCAGAUGGAAGUUAAAAGGAGGGAAGUCAAGGAUGAUCCAGUUCGUCAGCAGGAACUGGCUGCUUACUUUACUCACUGUAACCUGCAAUUGCCUCACCUGAGACUGGCAUUGUUAAAUGCCAUGACUGUUUGCUAUAAGGCACGCAAUCUUAACACAGCAGCAAACUUUGCCCGGCGACUGUUGGAGACUAAUCCCACCAAUGAAAACCAUGCCAAAACAGCCCGGCAAGUCCUGCAGGCUGCCGAGAGGAACAUGACAGAUGCAUCCCCGCUGAAUUAUGACUUCAGAAACCCAUUUGUUGUUUGUGGGGCAACCUACAUCCCCAUAUACCGCGGACAGAAGGAUGUGUCGUGCCCUUUCUGCAGUUCGCGAUUUGUUCCUUCACAGGAAGGGCAGCUUUGUACUGUUUGUGAUCUUGCGGUUAUUGGAUCUGAUGCAUCUGGAUUGCUCUGUUCUCCUUCCCAGAUAAGGUGAUUUGAGCUCAAUCAGGAGCAAUUUUCAAAUUUCAGCAGUAGCACUGAUUAUGCUAGCUGUUUCUUCUCGACAGGUAAAGGUAGGAACUUUAAACAAAGAGUUGGGUUCCAUUAGAUUGUAUUUUUUUUUUUUUUUUUGUUUUCAAAAAUUUUUAUUGCCCGUCUUCAUCUCUUCCUCUUCCCCUUCCCCUUCCCCGACACCUUUUAAUUUUCAUGUUCAUGAUUUUCACUGUAAUAAGCUACUUAAGAAUUUUGGAUUAGGCUCUUCAUGCGACUUGUGGGAAUUAGUGUAUCUUGUUGAGGUGACUGAUUCGAUGCUUUCA